CGAAUCCAUCUGGCUGUGAGCGUGAGUGAAGUGAAGGCAUAUCGUAUAUCCGAAGCAAGUUCAAUCAAUUUCGCUUGGUUUUUGCUGAAGCAGAGCGGCUGUCAUUGAUAAUUAGGUGAUUUUUUAAAACUUAGAUUUAAUUUUACGUUUGCGUUGAAACUGUAAGAACUUCAACUUCCUUAAAUAACUUGGCAAACACAACAUAGCCCACGGAAGCCAUUCAGAGUUAUUGGUCCAACAUGUUCAUCACUGCCCUGUUAAGAGCCAAAGUUAAAACGAGAAACGUUUUAGUUAUGUGUGAGAGUAUUGCAUCUGGCCACAGAGUUAAUGUCCUGAGAGAAAGAAAUGCAGACAAAUUAGAAUUUAUUCGUUUUGAUCCCACUAUUCAGCAAGAAUCUUUGUACAGAGAACUGAAAAAGCUGAAGAGUGUUACAAUGCUUACAAAAGAACAAAGAACAAAGUCAAAGGGGCCAUUGAACUGGGUAGCAGAAGAGCUAUAAUCCAUAUUUAUUAUAGUGUAACAUCUUUUGUAUUAUUUUUAAAGGAAACAAUAGAAUUAAAAUUUGGGCUUAAGUGA